UUCUAUAUUUUUAUGUUAUUUGUUAAGGUCAUCCCAGAUAUACAUUAUGUCUAGAAUGUCUUCACUUCUACAUGAAGGUUCAUGAGGACCAGCAACCAAUACCUGCUGCAAGAGAAGAAGCCCUCAAAUCACCAAAAGAGUUGAAGGCCUACCUUGACAAAUAUGUGGUAGGACAAGAGCGGGCUAAGAUAGUCUUAGCUACAUCUGUGUAUUACCACUACAAGAGAAUUAGACAUAAUCCAAUCAGCCAGAAACCAAUUAAUACAGCAACUGAAAGUCCUUUAAAUGAACUGUCUGGUUCCCCUUACAUGUUCUCAACAAGAGGGUCAAAGGGCAGCAUUACAGAUGAGAACUUAUUGGAGCUAGCCAAAGAUGCUGGUAAGAUGAGUAUGCUAAGACCAAGAGGAUUUACUAAACCUCCAGAAGAAACAGAUCCAGAAAUAAAGACAGACAAAGAUAAAGUUGUUAUAGAUAAGAGUAAUAUACUUAUGUUAGGACCAACUGGAUCAGGAAAAACUUUACUAGCUCAAACAUUGGCCCGUAUAUUAGAUGUACCAUUUGCUAUCUGUGAUUGUACAACUCUAACAUCCGCUGGUUACGUCGGUGAAGAUGUUGAAUCUGUGAUAGGGAAAUUGCUACAAAAUGCUAAUGGUGAUGUGGAGAAAUGCCAACAAGGUAUUGUAUUUUUGGAUGAAGUUGAUAAAAUAGCAAGAGCUCCGAAUACACAGCACUUGAAGGAUAUAGGAGGAGAAGGUGUACAACAAGGUUUAUUAAAAAUGCUUGAAGGCACUGUAUUAAAUGUCGCCGAUAAGGGAAAGAAAAUAAAAGGUGAAACAGUUGCUGUAGAUACAACAAAUAUUCUAUUUAUUGCUGCUGGGGCAUUCAAUGGACUGGAUAAGGUUGUGCAACAGAGGAAAAAUGUUAAGUAUUUAGGAUUUGGUACUCCAGUGACAGCAGUACCAGAAGAAAAAAGUUCAAUACUAUAUGAUAAUCAGGAAAACAAGGAGGAAUUUGAUAAUAAAGCUCAUGAUGAAUUAAUACAAAGAGCUGAGGAUUGUGACCUAAUUGAGUUUGGACUAAUUCCAGAAUUUGUCGGCAGAAUGCCAAAACUGUGUUCAUUCCAUUCAUUAGAUGAAGACAUUUUGAUAAGAAUUUUAACAGAACCAAAGAAUGCAUUGAUAAAACAGUUUAAACAAAGUUUCAAAUUAGAUAAUUGUGAAUUAACAAUGAGUGAUGCAGCUCUUAAAGCCAUAGCACAGAAUGCCAUGAAGAAAAAAAUGGGUGCUAGAAGUCUUCGAGCUCAAAUGGAGCGACAUUUACUUAGUGCAAUGUAUGAGGUACCAGGAUCAGAUAUUAUACAAGUUAUAGUAGAUGAGGAUGUUAUCAGAGAUAAUGUUCCACCUACAUUUGUACGGGCUUUAGACCCAAAACAUCUUGAAUAUGACACUGAUAAAAGUGAAUCAACAAUGGUUGAUGUACAAGAAACUGAUAUUGAUGAUAUUUUAGAUUCAAAUCCCAAAGUUCAUUGACAAUCAAUUCCUUUACCUAACUAAAUAAAUAAAAUAUGUCAAGAUGUUA